CGGUGCGGUCAGCGUCAGGUUGCCAGGACUAUAAUGGAGAAACGUUUUGAAACUUUGAAAUAUUUAUGGUUGUUGUGGACAUUGCUGCAAAGUGCACUCCAUGUGGAAAUUGCAGCACAGACGAGCCAGAAUAUCAAUGUGUUUUUUAUUAACGAGGUGGAUAAUGAGCCAGCGACCAAGGCCAUCGAGGUGGUCCUCACCUAUCUGAAGAAGAAUCCCAGCUACGGUUUGUCGGUGCAAAUUGAGUCCAUCGAGGCAAACAAAACGGAUGCCAAAAUAUUGCUGGAAGCAAUCUGCAACAAGUAUGUGGCCAGCAUUGAGAAGAAACAAAUGCCGCAUCUUGUACUGGACACCACCAAAGCGGGCGUCGCCUCGGAAACGGUCAAGAGCUUCACCCAGGCCCUGGGCUUGCCCACCAUCAGCGCCUCCUAUGGCCAGGAGGGCGACCUGCGGCAAUGGCGCGACUUGGACGAGGCCAAGCAGAAGUAUCUGCUGCAAGUUAUGCCGCCAGCUGACAUUAUACCCGAAGCAGUGCGCAGCAUUGUCAAGCGGCUAAACAUCACCAAUGCUGCCAUACUCUACGAUGACACUUUUGUUAUGGACCACAAAUACAAAUCCUUGCUGCAGAACAUUCAGACGCGUCACGUGAUCACGGCCAUUGCCAAGGAUGGGAAACGGGAGCGCGAGGAACAGAUCGAGAAGCUGCGCAAUUUGGACAUCAACAAUUUCUUUGUGCUGGGCAAUUUACAGUCUAUACGAAUGGUGCUCGAGUCUGUUAAGCCCGCCUAUUUUGAGCGCAAUUUCGCCUGGCAUGCGAUUACGCAGAGCGAGGGCGAGGUCAGCAGCCAAAGGGACAAUGCGACCAUUAUGUUCCUGAAGCCCAUGGCGUAUACGCAAUAUCGCGAUCGCUUGGGUCUGCUGCGCACCACAUUUAAUUUGAAUGAGGAACCGCAGCUGGCAUCGGCCUUCUACUUUGAUCUGGCACUGCGCAGCUUUCUGGCCAUCAAAGAAAUGCUGCAAUCGGGCGCCUGGCCGAAGGACAUGGAGUAUCUGAGGUGUGAUGACUUUCAGGGCGGCAAUACACCUGAACGCAAUAUUGAUCUUAGGCAAUAUUUUACACAGGUUAGCGAACCGACAUCCUACGGCACUUUCGAGCUGGUCACGCAACCGCGCAAGCCCUUCAAUGGCUUCAGCUAUAUGAAAUUCGAAAUGGACAUCAAUGUGCUCCAGAUACGUGGCGGCAGCUCCGUGAACAGCAAAUCAAUUGGCACCUGGACAGCUGGCCUCGACUCGCCGCUGGUUGUCAAGGAUGAGGAGCAAAUAAAGAAUCUCACCGCAGAUACCGUCUAUCGCAUAUACACGGUGGUGCAAGCGCCGUUUAUAAUGCGCGAUGAGACGGCGCCCAAGGGCUAUAAAGGCUAUUGCAUAGAUCUAAUCAACGAAAUUGCGGCCAUUGUGCACUUCGACUAUGAGAUUCAGGAGGUGGAGGAUGGCAAGUUCGGCAACAUGGACGAGAAGGGCGAUUGGAAUGGCAUCGUGAAGAAAUUGAUUGACAAACAGGCGGACAUUGGGCUGGGCAGCAUGUCGGUGAUGGCCGAGCGGGAAAUUGUCAUCGAUUUCACGGUGCCCUACUACGAUCUUGUGGGCAUUACGAUUAUGAUGCAGCGUCCCAGUUCGCCCAGCUCGCUGUUCAAGUUCCUCACCGUGCUGGAGACGAAUGUCUGGCUGUGCAUAUUGGCUGCCUAUUUCUUUACCAGCUUCCUGAUGUGGGUCUUCGAUCGCUGGAGUCCAUACAGCUAUCAGAACAAUCGCGACAAGUACAAGGACGAUGAGGAGAAGCGCGAGUUCAACCUGAAGGAGUGCCUCUGGUUCUGCAUGACGUCCCUGACGCCCCAAGGUGGCGGCGAGGCACCCAAAAAUCUAUCCGGUCGUCUAGUGGCGGCCACGUGGUGGCUUUUCGGCUUCAUCAUAAUUGCCUCCUACACGGCCAACUUGGCUGCCUUUUUGACUGUCUCACGUUUGGACACGCCCGUGGAGUCCCUGGACGAUCUGGCCAAGCAGUACAAGAUUCUGUAUGCACCCUUGAAUGGCUCCGCUGCGAUGACCUAUUUCGAGCGCAUGGCCAACAUUGAGCAAAUGUUCUACGAAAUCUGGAAAGAUUUGUCACUGAACGACUCGCUGACGCCGCUGGAGCGCUCCAAGCUGGCCGUCUGGGAUUAUCCAGUUAGCGAUAAAUAUACCAAAAUGUGGCAGGCCAUGCAGGAGGCGGGCCUGCCGGCCACCCUCGAUGACGCAGUGACUCGCGUGCGCAACUCCUCGACGGCAACGGGCUUCGCAUUUCUGGGCGAUGCCACGGACAUACGCUACCUGCAGCUGACCAAUUGUGAUCUGCAGGUGGUCGGGGAGGAGUUCUCCCGCAAACCCUAUGCCAUUGCCGUGCAGCAGGGCUCACAUCUGAAGGAUCAAUUCAAUAAUGCCAUUUUAACCCUGCUGAACAAGCGGCAGCUGGAGAAGCUCAAGGAGAAGUGGUGGAAGAACGAUGAGGCGCAGGCCAACUGCGAGAAGCCGGAGGAUCAGUCGGAUGGCAUAUCCAUACAGAAUAUUGGCGGUGUUUUCAUCGUGAUCUUUGUGGGCAUUGGCAUGGCCUGCAUUACGCUCGUCUUUGAGUAUUGGUGGUACAGAUAUCGCAAGAAUCCGCGCAUUAUCGAUGUGGCCGAGGCCAGUGCAACCCAGCCGAAUCUCAGAGAUGGCGGCAAGGGUAACGAUGGCGUUAUCUUGGGUCACUCGGGCGAGAAGUUCGAGAAAUCGAAUGCGGCGCUGCGGCCACGUUUCAAUCAGUUUCCGGCUACUUUCAAGCCGCGUUUUUAGAGGACCUGUAAACAACAACAAAAAACAAAUACCAAUUCAUUGAGAAAUCGUCUACGUCUAUAGCUUUAAGUAAACAUGAAAUUAUUUUUCACAUAUCUAUGCACAUGCAAUCAAUUAGUGUCAAUUUUUAAUAAACUCAUGUGUCGUAAAA